GUUGCGGCCUUGCGAUGUUGAUAAUACGUUGCUAACAGUAAAAAUGCUGACUUAUUUCUUUUUUCAUUACCUAAAAAAUGCAUCAUCGAUGGCCGCUUUAACAUAAUUUCGUUGCUUUAAGUCUUAUUGAGUGCUAUUCGAACCAUGGAGACAUUUAAAAAACGAUCAGGUACAACCAACAAAGGCAUUGAUUACGAAAAUUUAAACAUCGCCAACAUCGGAAUCAAUUUGGUCCUUGAUAACCAAAUCGAAGACUUUUAUUUAUCCGCUAAUGAUGCCAAUUUUGGUGAUUUUGAUGAUAUUGUUAUAAAAAUUACAUCAACAAAGGGUAGCAAUGUCUCUGCUUUACAACUUAAACAUAACGAUCGAAGUACAUUAUCUAUUAAGCAACUCAAUCAAGGAAAAGGAGAUUUUAGCUUAAAAAAAUAUUGCACUUCUGUUCAAAGUAUAAACAGCCACGUAGACAGUUUUAUUUUAUAUACUAAUAUUAAGUUUAGCGGUAAGGAAGAUACACGAUUUUGGCUUGACGGUGAAGAUUUUCAAAUUCGGCUGUCUCCGUUUCAACCAAAAGAUAAAGUCCUUCAGAUCUCUGAUAAACUAAAUCAUUGUUAUAAGUUUCAUGUUGUUGAAGAUGACUAUGCAUACGAUUACUCCCCAGAAAUUUUAAUGUACAAAAAUUUUUUUCAGAAAUUUUUUUUGUUUGUUAAUCAAGAUAAUCUUAAAACUCUUGAAACAAAAAUAGCCGAGAAGUUUAAAAAAUUAUUUCUCGCAAAUCAAACCGAAUGUGAUGCAUUUUUGAAAAUGAUAUCCAGGUGGAGUCAACAGCAAGGCGAGAAACAUAAACUGUGUAAAAAUUGGAUGCGACGUGCUAUUGCACUUACGCUUUUGUCUUCUCGAAUUAAACCGUUGUCUUUUGGUAGUGGUGCAAAUAAGAAUAUGAAAAUUCUACGAGAGGCAAUUUCUGCUUUCACGGUUACGGUGUUUGAAAAUAAUAGUUAUCAUAAAAUUAAAGACUUGUGGGGCGAUGCUGUGACUCGGGUUAAGGAUACCAAAGAAUUAAAUAAAAUGCGAGAAAUGUAUCACUUAAGCCCGUUUUAUAUUAAAAGUCUUGACGAUGUAGAUAAAAAGUUAUUAAGCACAUUACUGUGGUUGAACGGUACAUGUCCAAUAAUUGUAACGGAGGAUGCAGUUAUUCACAAAGUGGUUACGUUGUGUCCAAAGGCUAAGUUUAUUGUUCUUGGAGACGAUGUUAAUGAAAAAUUUACUAAUUACAACUGUUCAGUUUUUCAAAAUUUAUCGGACUUAAAGGCAUCAUCCAGAGAUAGUGUUCUUGAAACUUUUAACUUGUCCAUUCAAGGAAAAGAAGAAGUUAGCUUAAAAAAUGCAUUUAGUCUUGAUUUUAUUGAUGCUAUAAGAACAAGCUAUUUGGUAGAAAUGUUGAACGAACCAUAUGCUGUAGGAGGGCUACAAGAAAAUCUUCCGACGCCAUACAUCGAGAGGUAUCUAUGGAAAAAUGUUAUAAAUUUCAAAUAUUUUGAAAAUAAUGAUGAAAACACUUUAAUUGUCGUUGACUGCGUACAAGAAAUUGAUUUAUUCAAGCGAAAAUUAAAAAACUGCAGUAUUCAUAAUCUCGAAGACUACCUAAAUGAAAGCAACACAAGCACUCGACAGAAUGUAACAGCAGUAAGUGGUACUUCCAGAAUCAGCGUUUUCAUUACUACAAACACGUGCAAAAAGAUGCAGUUUGAAGCGAUUUGCGACAAAAAUAAAGACUUGAAAAACUACCAUCACUUGAGAUUUAUAGAUGCCGACAAUUUUGAAUGGAUUCAAAGUAAGGGUAAUGUAAGCAGUUUGGAAGAAUAUAAAAUAACUGAUUUCAUUUUAACAGAAAAAGAGAUGUUGUGUAGAAAACUUGAGAACAAUAUAAAUUUGAUAGUUAGUAAUCCCGGAAUGGGAAAGUCUGAAUUAAUGAAAAGUUUAAAAAACAUUUCUCCUCCAGAAAUUUGGAUCAUCUUGAUGAACCCCACAGAUAUGUGUCUUUUUUCCAAAUAUCUUACUAGUAAUAAUCAAUCUGCCAACUUAGAGACUUUGCAAAAUUUUCUUUUAUAUGAAAAAUACAGAUGCAUGGAUGAAGGAGCGAAACAUUUUUUGCAAGUGUUUAUUAAACAGAAUCAAGUGUAUUACCUUUGGGAUGCCCUGGACGAAAUUCCCGCUGAAUCUGUUGAAAUGAUUACAAAUUUGAUUGUUGAGCUUUCCAAAGCAAACCACGUCCAGUGGAUAACAAGUCGAUUUCAACUGAAACAUUUGUUAGAGAGUAAGUUCAAUGUGCUUUCUUUAAAUUUAUGUCAAUUCAGUGAACAAGAGCAAAUUACUUACAUUAAAAAGGGUCUUGAAAAGGUUGAUACAACCGAAGAGAUUGACCAAAUUAUAAAUACAGUUCGGUCCUCAUUUCCGCUAGUUGAACAUACAGAAAUCUUGGGUAUACCUUUACAAAUCUUUAUGCUCACAAAUUUGCUUCAACAAGAUAUAAAUAAAUAUUUCCAACUCCUUUCUAAUAUAUUUGUUUUGACUGAUUUAUAUCACUAUUUUGUGGAAGAAAAGAUGAAGGUCUACUUUGAGAAAACCGUCGGUGGUGAUUUUAAAAAUUCCUUAUAUGAAUCAGCAGUGAAAAUACUCGAAGUAGCAAUUAUCAAAUACCAUCAAAACUUAGCUCUAAGAACAUUAUUUUCUGCAAAAUUCUUAAAGAGACUGACCAUCGAUGUUGAAAAUAAUUUCGAAGAUUCUAAAGAAGAAUACAUUUCGGUUGGUUUGUUAACAAAAUUAGUAUAUAAGCGGGCACAUUUUUUUCAUAACUCUUUUGCCGAAUAUUUCGUAGCGCUUUAUUUCUCCCAAAAUCAGCGGCUUUCAUCUAUUUUUGUAGAUGUGAUUUUUGAACCAAGAUAUGUAAAUGUACGUUUUUUUUUCGAUUUGCUGUUGGCCAGAGAAUCACCAGCUCAUGUGGCAGUUUUGUACAAGAACAUAAAUUUAUUGGAGGAGUAUGAACAUCAAAUUCGCACAAUUACAGAUGCUGGUGAUCGAAGUGUCUUACAUGUAGCUUCUUCUUGGGGACAGAGACAUCCUCGAUUGGAUGUUAUAACAACUGACGACGCUUACAUCAUAAAUGAUUCGGGUUGUCCUAAUGUUAAGGCCGAAAAGGCGGAAGAUUUAAAAAUCUUAAAUUAUUUAUUAAAUGCGUGUGAGUUAUCUCAAUGUGAUACAUUAUUCAAAAUGACACCGUUAUUGUAUGCCGAAAAAAGUAAGUGCCUUGUCAUUGAAUUAAAAAUCUUAAAACAAUUAAAUCAAAAUUUAUUAGAUCUUUCUGUCAAGCAUAUAAUUAAUAUAUUAUAUUAUACAGCUAUAUGUGGAUACGAUGAUGUCAUAGAUCAUCUAGAAUUAGAAAUAUCAACUGCUACUGAUGGACAAAGUGCAAACCUAUUAAAACUAAAUAAAAAGGUUUUAGAUGCCAGAAAUAUCGCGAAGAAGACUCUCCUUCACUUAGCAUCAGCUAGACAAUUUGAGAAAGUUGUUAAAUUUUUAGUGAACCAGGGUGCCAAUAUAAAUUGUUCUGACACUGAUGGAGCUACGCCUCUUUACUUAGCGUGUGAAGAAGGCUACCACAAAAUUGUAGAAUUUUUAGUUGGAGCGGGUGCCGGUAGAACAAUUGAUGUUAACCCUCCUUUUGUAGCUUCUGAAUUUGGCUCAAUGGAUGUUGUAGAAUGUCUAAUCGCGCUAGGCGCAGAUCCAAAUCCGCCUAGAGAUAAUUGCGCCUUACCUCUUGACGUAGUAUGCGAAUUCGGGCAGAAAGAAAUUACAGAAUUUUUAGUUGCAGCUGAUUCCGAAAUUAAUCGCAAGAAAUUAAACGGUGCUUCUGCUCUUUAUAUAGCUUCACAAUUUGGACUCAGCGAUGUUGUAGAACGUCUGCUUGGGCUCGGCGCCAAUCCAAACCAGCCUAGAGAUGAUGGUGCAAUACCUCUUCACGUAGCAUGCGAAUUCGGGCACUACGAAAUUACAGAACUUUUAAUUGCAUCAGGUGCUGAAAUUGAGCACGAGAGAGUGGACGGUAUUACGCCUCUUUUUACUGCUUCGCAGUUUGGACAUACAAAAAUUGUGGAACGUUUACUUGCGUUAAACGCAGAUCCAAACCACCCUAGAGAUACUGGCGCAACACCUCUUCACGUAGCUUGCGAAUUCGGACACGUAGAGAUUGUAGAACUUUUAGUUGCAUCGGGUGCCGAAAUUAAUCAUAGCAGUAUGAGGGGUGUUACGCCUCUUUUUGUAGCUUGUAAAGUUGGGCAUAUCAAGGUUGUUGAACGUCUGCUUAGCCUAGGCGCAAACAUAAACCAGCCUAGAAAUACAGGCGCCACCCCUCUUUAUGUCGCUUGUAAAGUAGGAUACGAAAAUAUUGUUGAACUUUUAGUUGCAGCAGGUGCCGAAAUUAAUAUAGUGACAAAUUCUGGCCGUUCACCACUCUCUGUUGCUGUAAAGAAAGGGCAUGACAGAAUUGUUGAAAUUUUGAGGGGAUUGAGUAAUUCAGCUAUAACGAAUUGUAAUGCAUCUGUUGAUCAAAAAUAAAUCUUAGUUUUUAUUAUUGACUUAAUAAAUUUAACGUUUGAUUUUUUACUUAAUAAAUUUUAUUUAUUCUUCUUAGUAAUAUAUAAUGCCCAUAAUAACGAGUUUUAACGACUUGAAACUGAAUAUUGUCAAUAGAGAUGGACAAUUAUUAAUUUUUCUGAUCCAUACUUACACUAAACAUACAUAUCAUUUGAAAUUCUUCAAAAUAAUUUGCAAGUUGUAAAUAGUAGAAACAUUGUUCAAAAUCAGAGUAGAUAUAUUUAAAACAUCAUCACUAGAUGCCAAUUUUGGUCACUAUUUUUCGGCUACGAACUUCUUGGGGCGAUUUUUCUGCUACUAAAAUUACUAAGCAAAUAUAUUAGAGUUUUUGAUGUUUUACACGUUGAAAUGAAGACAACAAUUAUUUCAUCUCAUGUCUGCAUCAAGAUGUCUGCUCACAGGAAGGUCGUUUACAAGUUUACAAGUUGAAAAAAAUGUUACUUACGUAUUGACUUUUGAAAUUUGCUGUAUAAAGAACUUUGUGCUAAAAAAAGUACCAUCCAAAGAAACCAGUAUUAAAAUGUUUCAUGAUAAAAUUAUGCAGUGAUGGUAAGUACUUAAAACUGGGAUAUCUCAAUUUAGAAUGUUACUUUACCAUCGAUGGAAUAUUUACAAGUAGACAGUAUGUACGUUAUACAAAAGGAUUUGUAGAGCAAACGAAAAUCAACUGCUUUAGCCUUCAUUUUUGCAACGAGUUAACUUAUUGAGAAUUUGAGAAACAAGGUUAAUGUUUUGUUUCUUGAUACUGGAAGUGAAUGAUUAAAUCAUCUUUAACUGGACUGGCUUGAAUCUUUAAGGGAAAAUGUCAUAACAUUAGCAUUCUUUGAUAUAUCGAUCCUGAUCCUGUAUGUUUUAUUUUCUUUAAAUACAUUUUAACUGGAUUCUUUUUGCUUGGUGCAUUUUAUAUACUUAGGAAUUGAAAUUUAUUAUUUAUUACUAUAAUUUAAGAUAAAUUAAGUUAAACGAUUAUGUGAUACUAGGUACUACUAGUACAGAAAGGAUAUGUUGUACAAAGAACUUUUUCUACGCCAAUGUUAGUUUUAGUCGAAGUAAUCCAUUAUAUUUUUUUUUCGAACGUUGAUGUAAAAAGGCAAAACUGUUUUAUAGUCACCUAGUUACAAUUUUGAAAUUAGAAAAUCAUUUGUUUUUAUUCUUUCUUAGUCAAUUUUUCUGAAAUGAAAAAAGAAACUAGAACUACUUACAAAAAAUAUACUUUUAUAAUGUCCGAGGAAAAAAAUGGGCAGGGAUUAAUUUAACCACCAGUUGACAUUCUAGAAACCCAUGUUACACUUGAGUAUAUUUAAAUCAUUCCUACGAGUGUUAUGUUUAUGUUAUUCGAUUACCUAUAUAAUAAAUAAUAAAUUAUAUACUUUCUAAUUAGUUGUAAGGUAUGUUCAAGCUCAAUAUAUGUAUGACCUGCUAUUGUACUGUGUCAUUAUGUCUAAUUAUAAAUAAUAAUUUUUUUGGUUAAUGUA